UUUCGAUCGUGGACGAAAUUUCUUUCGAGAGAGAGAGAGAGAGAGAGAGAGAGGUAACAUUGUUUUUGUUUAGUUGCAGAGAUCAUAUGGGAGCUGAUUCGAAGUCAGAGUCGAAGGGAUGCUGCGGCUGGUUCAUUGUGUUGUUGGUUGUAGUUGUCGCUGCUGCAGCUUUGGUUUACACUAUAAGGGAGAGAUCUCUUUACUCGAAGGUAGGAGCUGCCCCCAUUUCUGGCACUUCUGGAAGCAUUAACCCCGUUCCUGGGCCUCCCGGAAGCAUUGAUCCCAUUCCUAGCUCUCCCGGCGCCAUUUCUCCCGUUCCUGGGCCUCCCGGACGCAUUGAUCCCAUUCCUAGCUCUCCUGGCGCUAUUUCUCCCGUUCCUGGGUCUCCCGGAGCCACUGCCCCAGUUCCUGGGUUUACCGGAGCCAUUGCGCAGAAAUACGCUGACGCCCUUAUAGUCUCUAUGCAAUUUUUCGAUGUACAAAAAUCUGGUAUGCUGGUUAAUAACAAGAUAUCUUGGAGAGGGGAUUCGGCUCUAUAUGAUGGGAGAGAAGCAGGUCUUGAUCUAUCAAAAGGAAUGUAUGAUGCUGGUGAUCAUAUGAAAUUUGGUUUUCCUAUGGCUUUCACUGCAACUAUGUUGUCAUGGGCCAUCCUUGAAUAUGGAGAUCAUAUGAGCACAGUCAAGCAGCUGGAACCUGCUCAAGAGUCACUUAAAUGGAUAACUGAUUACCUGAUCAAUGCCCAUCCUUCUGAUAAUGUUCUUUAUAUUCAGGUUGGUGAUCCUGGUAAAGAUCAUACGUGUUGGGAGAGACCUGAAACCAUGUCUGAGGAGAGGCCUCUAACACAGGUGAAUACAUCUUCUCCAGGGACAGACGUUGCAGCAGAAACUGCAGCUGCUAUGGCAGCAGCUUCUCUGGUGUUCAAGACUACUAACUCCACAUACUCAGGGUUACUUCUUACGCAUGCCGAACAACUAUUCACUUUUGCAGAUACUUACAAAGCAUAUUAUAGUGACAGUAUCCCUCAAGUACAGACAUACUACAAAUCUACAGGAUAUGAAGAUGAGCUCCUUUGGGCUGCUAGCUGGCUCUAUCAUGCCACUGGGGACAAGUCAUACCUCGAUUACGUCACUGUACAACAUGGAAAUGACUUCGCGGGUUGGGGAAAUCCAACAUGGUUUAGCUGGGAUAACAAGCUUGCAGGAACGCAGGUUCUUUUGUCCAGGUUAAACUUAUUUGGUGCAAAAGGGGCCUCAGAUGCAGAGAACAAUGGUCUCCUGAUGUACCGGAAAGCAGCUGAGGCUGUUAUGUGUGGUCUCCUGCCAAAUUCCCCAUCAGCCACAGGAAGCAGAACAAAUGGUGGUCUCAUAUGGGUCAGUGAAUGGGAUUCUCUGCAGCAUUCUGUUGCUUCUGCAUUCCUAGCGGUUCUUUACAGUGAUUACAUGCUCACAUCCCAGACUGCAACUCUCAAUUGUGGUGGGUAUUUCUUCUACCAAGAAGACCUCCGGAAAUUUGCCAUGUCCCAGGCUGAUUAUGUAUUAGGCAACAAUCCAAUGAGAAUGAGCUAUCUUGUUGGGUAUGGAAGUAAUUAUCCUCAAUAUGUACAUCACAGGGGAGCUUCAAUUCCAGCAGAUGCAAAUCCUGGCUGCAAAGAUGGCUUCCAGUGGCUUUCCAACACUAAUCCCAAUCCAAAUGUUGCUGUUGGAGCACUUGUGGGUGGACCCUUCCGUAAUGAGACCUAUAUCGAUUCUCGGAACAACUCUAUGCAAGGGGAACCAAGUACUUACAACACUGCUUCUGUCGUUGGCCUCCUCUCUGGUUUGGUCACCACCACCUCUGUCGUCUCAUCUUUCACGUAAAUCCGACCACUUAGCCAUGGCCCCAGUUUUGAUGACAAAUAAAACUAUAUUAAGAUAAAAGAGCAAUAACAUCAUCACAUGAAAGAGUAGCAGUGAGCUUGUGUGCAAGCUUUACUAGCUAGACAGACCAUGUGGUAAUCCUUUUCUUGCCCAUCUCCCAAAUUAAGGAAAUUGUUUCGAGAGUUAUGCAAUGCUGCAAAGAUUUUCCAUGGCCAUGGAUCUGGUAUGUUCCUGCUAAGUAUUUGUAGUACCAACUGAGCAUCUGACCAUAUCUCUACAUGCUUCGUUCUCAUCAAUGGCACUGCUCCACCAAGUACCCAUCAGAUAGCUCUUGCUUCUGCAUCUUGGGCUGUUGCUGGCUUAAGUGUAUGAUGUGGACUAGAAGCUGCUGGGCAGUUCUGUAUGGAUUGACAAGGAAAACUACUCAUGCAACAGCUACAGUUCCCCUGGGUUUGCAACUGUCGUCCUCUGUGGAGCCAUGUCCUCUCUAAAUGAGGUUACAAGGAGUGUUUGGAUUUGCAUAUAGGAAGGUUUGAAGAGGUGGGUUUUGUGGGAAGUUCUAAGGUUCUUGCACUACGCUGGGAAGCAAAGGAGAUGCCUUAGCCUCAAGUUGUAUUAUAUCUUAGGGGGCCUUAUGUAUCUUUUGAGAAAGGAUCAGCUGUUCCUACACGAUCACCUAAACGCUAACACCUGUCCAUUUUGCUUCUAAAUAUAUCCUUCUUUACCCUUGUAAUGGCAGAAUGGCAGAAAGUGGGACAGAUAGUGGAUGCUGAUUUGUACGAUCAG